UGCGAUCUUCUCGUGUCCCCUCCAUCCGAUCCACUGCCUGUUCUUUGCCAUCCCAUCUGCUUCCUCUUUCCUGGCUGCCCCUCGUACCCCGCCGCCGCCGCCGCCGUCUCCAACUCUCUCGCCAUCCGAUCUCCGCUUUUGGGCUACAUCUCCCCUUCUAACACUAUCCGCCCUCUUGCAGUCAUGUCGGAGGCCCCUCCGCUUCGCAAAGAGCACUUUGAGGCUCCCUCUGCCCACGGCGAACCCUCUUCCCUGCACCCAAGCCCCAACCCAAAGGCCGCCUCAGGCACCUCCACAAAGUCGCCUCCGCCGUCCAGAUCCGGCUCCAGCGCCUCUCUGCCGUCGCUGAAAUCCAUGAUGGGCCACUCCGGAACCCACUCGCAGUUUUCCCAGUCCAACAAGCUGCCCCCUAUCCACCACGGCUCUCCACACCCGCCGUCGGCGCCACAGCCAGCCAGUCUGCCUGCGAACGGCGAUGGUCCAGAUCGCAGCAUCCAUCUGGAUCGUCGGCAUCGAGACGAUCCCAGUUCAAAUCCCAACCAACCCCCAACACUGGCUCCCCGGAUAUCGCCCUCGACUUCUCCCCCAUAUCCCGUCCCGCUACCGUCUAGCGGCCGAAAUUCCUCGGAAGAGUCUACGGCCACCAUCCCCGACACCUCAAAGCCGUCCUCCCAGCCUAUCGCGCUCUAUUCACCCGUGCCGAGUCCGGCAAUGUCCUCGCAUCCGCCGCCAAAGCCCACCCACGCCCAAGCACCCCACUAUUCGCCGUACGGCUACUCGCAUCUGCAGCCAAAGUCGCCCCACAUCGCCCCCGACAAGGCCGUAUCGAGCCCUCAGCCUUUCUACGGCGGGCACCCCGAGCCUUACUCGCACGCCCUCCCUCCUCCGCACCACCAGGAUCCAUCCAAGACUCCCGGCUAUCCCACCCCGACGCACGCGGCUCCGUCAGAGUCUUCAUCACGAUUACCGUCCGAUCCAAAUCAACGGCAUCAUUCCAAACACCACCAUCACCAUCAUCCAUCGCAUCGUCGUGAUCCAAACUACCCCUCCACCUCCAAUUCAAACCAGAUCCCGAUCGCCCCGCAGCAUCCCGUCACGCCUCAGCAUUUGAUCAACUCAUGGGCUCGCCCGCCGCAAUCGCCACAUCCGCACCCGCACCCGCACCCACCACCGAUCGCUCCUUCACCCACGAUCGGCCCCUCCAAGGCCGCCGUCACAAAGACACCGAUUCUGGGGCCUUCGCCUGGCAACUCGACUCCAACUAACUACAACGGAAGGUGGUCGAUCGUCGAGUGCCCGCAAAUCGUCAAGGGUACUGAAUGCUCGCUCGCCAAGCAGGAGAUUGAACACGAGCACGUCGAAUUCAAAUGUCCGCUCUGCGACAUCACCAUCAUUUGCAUGUCCAUCACCGUGUCGUCCGAAGAUUGCCGCAGCAAGCUCAUCGACCUGGACCAGUGCCAGCAGACCGAUCUGAACUAUCGCUGCGAGGUCAUUCACCAUCUGCUCAAGGAUCACACCGAGCGCGAUCGCUUCGUCUGUCCCAUCCCAGAGCCAGGCAGCAAAAAGUGUACCGAGCGACUCAGUGGCGAGAACGGCGUGCGCGAGCACCUGAGAAGUCGGAUACACAAGAGUCUGUGCGCCCCGCUGUUCAAGUGCAAUAUCGGAGGAUGCAGAUCGCAAAAUUCCUCCACAGGUUACUCGGGGCAUCGUUGGGACAACUUUCGCGACCACCUCAAGAACAAACACAAGAUCGAGUUUCCUCGCAAACGCUCCCUGGACAACGACGAUGCCGUGUUCUCGCGGCCCGGUGAAGUCUAUGGCCGCAAGCGAAUCAACAUGGGCGAUGGCACGGGGCAACCCAGUGAAUGGGAGGACUCCCCCCUUACCCUGCGCCCAGGUCUUGAGUCGCCCAUGUAUUCGCGCACACCGAACAACCCGAACGUGCGCGACAUGGGCAACCCGCAGGAUCUUCUUGGCUCGCCGUACGUCGGCGCCCGUUCGAUCAAGUCGCCCUAUGUCCACUCAAUGCCGCCCACAUCUCACGGCCGAUCCUUCCCCACUGUCGAGCUCCCGCCCUCGAUCUUGCAGACCACCAGUCCCGGUAUGAGACCCAAGUCCACGCCAACGAGCGGGAUGAUGCCCAGUACACCCAGUGGCCUGCAGCCCUACAGCCCCAGUCUCUAUCCCACACGGCCUCCAAGCGUUGCAAGCCCCAAGGUGAAUGGCAUUGGUGCACAGCACCUGGGCCUCGUCUACUCCCCCGUUGUGCAGCCCGAGUUUGAGAGCUACCACUCACCCGGGCUGCGCCCCGCCAACAUCCCACAACCCGCUGCCCACCACCUCUCGCACAUGCCGAGUGGCGGACCCGACGGAAUGACAAGCAUGCCGCUUCGAACCACCGCGAUGAGCAUUUCUACCAGCUCUGUAUCCCUGCCGCUGUAUGGGCCCGGGGUCGUGGCGACUGGACCGGUCUAUGCGGCCGCACCCAGAGCCAAGUGCGCGGCUUGCAGCCGUAGCGUUGAUCCGUUUCAGCGCGACCAGUGCACGUUUGUGGACUCGCUUGUGUACUGCAUACCUUGUUUUCAGCAACGGCAUGGCCGCUGGAAAACGAGCCAGGAUCUUCCGUGCUACCGCUGCCGAAUCUGCCGCGAAGUUGCCGAGCUCCCUGCCGAUGGAGAGCUUUCUGUGUCGCAGCCCAAGACCCUGUCGCAACCGCGCCCACAAUCCCAGAGCGAAUUUCAGCCACAGUCUCAGUCACAGUCUCAGUCACAGUCUCAGUCACAAUCUCAGUCACAAUCUCAGUCGCAGCCCGAUCCGCCGUUGCAGUCACAGGCUGAUGCCCCGGCACAGUCCCAGUCGUCGACCAGGCCUCUCGAGCCCACACCGGAACAGGAUGGCAAAGCACUGCGGGAAGUCUCAAUCAAAGCAGAAAAAGAGUCCGAGCCAGCACACCGCUCUGCAGCGCCGAGUCGCUCCUCAACCCCCGAAACGCCCCUUGAUUCUGCUCCAGCAACGUCAUCGCGCUCGCCAAACACUCUGCCCUCGCCCAUUCUGCCCACCAACGGUCGCCCGGCCCCAGCCACGCAGUUUUUGUGCGUGACCUGCAACGACGUGACCGAGUUUGAGUACGUGGGGCUGCGUUCACAGGUGGCCCCGGAUCUGCUCAAGCGCCUGGGUCGCUACAAUCCGUUUGUUUAUCGAUGCGAAGGAUGCCGCGACCUUUGGAUCUGGAGGCAACUCGAUCCGCUGCUCCUCUCUGCUCUCGGCGAGGACAGGCAAGCGGGUGCGGCUCGCAGCGCCUUGACCCAUGCGACCGAUCGCAAGCUCGCAGACUUUGAGGCCUGGGCCAAAUCGAUAGGACAAGCCAUGGUGAUGGAGCAAUGGUGUCAGCGCUGCAGCCGCAUUCAGUCCUGGGAAAAGGUUGGCCGGCGCGGACAGGAAGACGGCGAAAUCUGUGGCGAUGUCGAAACCCGAGUGACACGCAACGGCUCGGGCAAUACUGCCAAAGCAUCGAGGAGUACGCCUGCGCCGUCGUCAGCUGCCUUUGCGUCCCGCUCGCCUUCUGAAGCCGCAGCGGCGCCGGACGACCAGGGCCGCAUGGAUUGCGACCCGGCAGCCGCGUCGCCUCCAGUCACCGUCCACUUUGAGAAUGGAUCUAGCGAUGUCUCGCUGCCGAGUCAAGAGCCCCGGCCGGAACAGCCCCGAACGACGCAAUGGCUCAUCUGGAACUACGACCGCUCGGAUGGCCUGCAAGUGGGCUUUACGAGCGUGACCAAGUUAUAGGACCGGUGUGCGGGUGGAAGUACUCUCCCCCUCUCCUCCCCAACUCGAAAUUGUGGCCGCUGACCCUCCCCACGUUUGGUCCAGCCAA